UACACAAAUCUGGAUGUCAGUUAGCAACAAGAACGCCACCGAGCAAGUCAACGUCGCGGCACUCUCCAUAUUUUCAAACUCAUUCACUACUUCAACUCGCCAAAAUGUUCAAAAACACAUUCCAGAGUGGAUUUUUGUCAAUAUUAUACAGCAUAGGCAGUAAACCUUUGCAGAUAUGGGAUAAGAAGGUGAGGAAUGGCCAUAUCAAAAGAAUCACAGACAACGACAUCCAAUCACUAGUACUAGAAAUUGUUGGAACAAAUGUCAGCACAACAUUGAUUGAAUGUCCGGCUGAUGCAAGGAAGACACUCGGCAUCAAGCUCCCAUUUUUAGUCAUGAUCAUCAAGAAUCUAAAGAAGUACUUCACAUUCGAGGUCCAGGUCCUCGACGACAAGAAUGUGAGGAGACGGUUCAGAGCAAGCAACUACCAGAGCACAACGCGAGUCAAACCUUUCAUCUGUACCAUGCCCAUGAGGCUAGACGAUGGCUGGAAUCAAAUUCAGUUCAACCUCUCAGAUUUCACAAGGAGGGCAUACGGCACCAACUACAUUGAGACCAUUAGAGUAAAUAUUCAUGCAAACUGCCGAAUCCGAAGAGUCUACUUCUCCGACAGACUGUACUCCGAAGACGAACUACCUGCAGAAUUCAAACUCUACUUGCCCAUUCAAAAGGGUAUGGCUACCAAGAACUAAGGGAUAACCUGGAAAAUACAAAAGACUUGCAAUACUAAAACCAAAUCUGUUUUGGACGAUGUGGAAGAACUUUACAAUGUCGCUGGAAGACAUUUUUUGCUUCACGCAAACUCAUGGUGCACCUUCUUCUAUUUUUAAAGGAGAAAUUUGUUUUAGAAAAUGUUCUUGAAUUGUUAUAUGAAAAGGAACCAUAGAAAUGAUAGAAAGAUGGUUCUGUGCAAUUUGACUCAGCAUUGUUUUUAGAUAUUGGAGUCCCUUGGCAAAAGGAUGAAGAUAAAAAAGUCCCUCGAUUUAUACGGCUAAGGUUUGGAUGUUUAUGUAAUGUGUCAGAGACUCCUAUUUAAGAGAACAGCCUGUGCUUCAUAAAAUAUUUAACCAAGUUAAGUGGGUGAAGCCUAGGACCCUUAGGAGAAAAACACAUUAGAUACUGGCUGAAAUAAAACAGAGGAACAGAAUGUUUUACAUGGCAUUGGAAUCAAGUUUCAAUAUUUUUACAGAAAAUAUCUUAAGGAUAUCUCAAAUAAAUAGCAGAUUGAAAAACUAAUGAUUUGACCUCAUAGUAUUACCAAAUAUUAAGUUGUGUAUCGUUUUUGUUACUGUUAAGCUAUUUAGAUGUUGGAAAUUUUU